AUGUCGAAUAAUGAUCAAGAGGAUAUGCUAGAUAUUUAUGAUGAUGUUCUGAGUGCUCCUAUAACAGCAUCAGCCAUCACAAGUACUUCUUCCGAUGCACAACUGUCAUCCAAUAAUAACAUUAAACUAACAACAUCUGUGGUUGGCAAUUUUGAUGGAGGAUUUGAUCAAAUCAAUAGUCAAAUUAAUGACAAACUCAAUGAUUCAACGUAUGAGGAUGACUCUCAUGCAACACCUUCAAUUAAAAUUAAUAAUUUACAAUGGUGGACAACUGAUGUGUUUAUGGAAAAUAUUCUCCAAAAAUUUGGUGCGAUUAAAACACUGAAAUUUGAAGAAGAAAAAAACAAUGGUAAAAGUAAAGGAGUUUUGAAUUGUGAGUUUGAAGAUAAAUUUCAAGCAAUGAAAGCUAAAGAAACUCUUAAUGGAAUGAACAUUCAUGACAAUAUAAUUCAAGUUGAAUAUAUUUCAAAAAUUCCAACGUCACGGUAUUCUGUAAAUACUCAACAACAAAAUAGAAGACAAGAUUACAACAGUGGAGACAUGAAUGAUGGGGAUGAUCAUGAAUUUUCUGGAACAUCUUCACAUACAAGUUCAAUUGGAAGCAAUGUUAGCAAUCAACAACAAGCAUCUCAACAGGAUUACUAUUCGGGCAGAGGAUCUUCAUCAGAUACAUAUGAUGACCGACAAAGUGGCAACAAAGGAUACUAUGGUGGAGGAGGUCAGAGCGGAAGUAGUCGAUCGAGCAUGAGCGGUGAUCGGUCUUCAUAUCGAGGAGGUGACACUAAUCGAGGAAGUGGCGAUUAUUACAGGUCCUCGUCAUCGUCAUCGAGCUACAACGCAGACAAGAAGAGAGAUCGUAAGAAUUAUGAAACCAACACAGGAGAUGGUGGUAGACGAGAUCGAUCAUCGUACGAUUCUCAUAGCUCUCGCUCCCAAAAAUCGCCAAGAAGAUAUGGAAAAUCUCAGUACUACUGA